GCUUUUGUUGUUUUGAAAAUUUUGUUUUUUUGAUGGUUGAAGAAGACCCUCUGUGCAAAACAGUAUUUUGUUGCUAUUUGUUGAUUGAAACUGUCAAAAAAUGUUGCUUUUUGAUAAUAAAGAUUCAGUUUUGUUGCUAUUUGUUGAUUGAAACUGUCAAAAAAUGUUGCUUUUUGAUAAUAAAGAUUCAGUUUUGUUGCUAUUUGUUGAUUGAAACUGUCAAAAAAUGUUGCUUUUUGAUAAUAAAGAUUCAGUUUUGUUGCUAUUUGUGGAUUGAAACUGUCAAAAAUGUUGCUUUUGGUGGUUUUAGGUAUUCAUGCAUUAGUAGUAGAGUAAGGAUUUGAUACUGAAGCUAUGCAAAAGGAUACUAAUUCUGGUGCUCCAGGAACACCUUCGCCACGAUUACGUCGUCGCAGAGGAUCAAAUGAGGUCCCUGGGGAGGUUGUCAAAGCAAAUGGAGCCCAUAUGCUUGUUGACGAUAGAAACAAGUAUAAGUCAAUGUUGAUCCGUCUAUAUUCAACUCUCUGGAUGAUAGGUGGUUUUGCUUUCAUCAUUUACAUGGGACAUCUUUAUAUUUGGGCCAUGGUAGUAGUUAUACAAAUCUUUAUGGCAAAGGAGUUGUUCAAUCUACUUAGGAAAGCGCAUGAAGACAAGCAACUUCCUGGUUUCAGGCUAUUAAACUGGUGAGCAACAUCAUACUUGUAUUUACCUUAUCAAAAAAUCAUUCUUGUAUUUAUCAUCCUGCUGAAUUUUUUUUGACAUCGGACUUCUUCUGAAGGCCAUAUAUUUGUUCCAUAUUUUACUUCUUUUUAAGACACUUUUCAUAGUGGGUAGUAGCGGCACCCAAGAGUGUGACCUAGUGGUCA